CGAAGACUGCAGCAGCAUCAUCUCAGACACCGCACCAGCAACCAUGUCGUCAACUCAGAGCGUGCAAUGCUUCGGCAAGAAGAAGACGGCCACUGCCGUCGCCCACUGCAAGGCUGGCCGUGGUCUCAUCAAGGUCAACGGCCGACCUCUGUCUCUGGUCCAGCCUGAGAUCCUCCGCUUCAAGGUUUACGAGCCCCUCCUGGUUGUCGGCCUCGACAAGUUCGCCAACGUCGACAUCCGCGUCCGUGUCACCGGUGGUGGUCACACCUCCCAGAUCUACGCCAUCCGCCAGGCCAUCGCCAAGUCCCUCAUCGCCUACUACCAGAAGUACGUCGACGAGCACUCCAAGAACCUGCUCAAGCAGGCCCUUGUCCAGUUCGACCGCACCCUGCUGGUCGCUGACAACCGCCGCUGCGAGCCCAAGAAGUUCGGUGGUCCCGGCGCCCGCGCCAGGUACCAGAAGUCUUACCGAUAAACGGGGACGCGCAAGACCGAAAGAAGAAUGGGCUUUCUUUGGGGCUGCUGCUGGUCGGGGCGUUUUUGGCGCUGCUGGGGAGGAGGAGAUGAAGAAGAAGAAGAAGACUGAGGUGGUCGUGAUGACGGAGGAGACAGGGAGGAUGAAGAAACGGUCGAGAGAAGCAUUCCUGCAGCUGUUGUUCCACUGCUUGGCAGCGCUGAGGAUGUGGAUUUUCACACAAACGAGAAAAGAAAAAAGGGCCGGAGUCGCAUGUUUCCCUGGCAUGGGGGGAUAGGUUUCCCAUUGGCAUUUCGCAUGGCCUUGCUUUGGGGCGGAUUGUAACGGGUCUGGCAGGCUAAUGAAAUCUUCACAACGUUACGAAGCGUGGCAGAGAUGGUGCAUGUCUGUGAAUGUUGCUCUGUACAGCCCAUGGCUGCGCGUAUCACAACUAUCUGCGAGAGAGUUGACGAAGUUGUUUGGAGACUCGAGGCACUAAGCCUUUUGAUGUUGGGUAUACAGUUCCUCGUCGUGCUGGACAGGCAAGAUUUGCUGUCCUCGG